CUCUCUCCUACAAGCAUCUCUUAUCAUUCUCUCUGUAUCACUGUUUUCAACAUUUCUUCUUCCUAUUUUCUCUUCUACUUUGGAGGGGACCCUUCAAGGACCAGUAACUUUUUUUUUUCUUUUCACUUCAUUGAUAUCGAGUUGUGUUUUGGGGUGUUGGAUUUGAAGAUGGAGAAAGAUUUGGAUGAUUGUGAGUUUUGGUUACCUCCACAGUUUCUUACUGAUGAUGAUCUUUUGAUGGAUUUUAAGACGACUUCUCCGGGGAGUGAAGGGAGUAAGUUGUUUGGAUAUGGGUUAAGCCAGUUUGGGUCGAACUCGGAUCUCAGUUCGCCGGUUGAGUCUGUAGUUGGUUCAACGGAGAACGAGAGUGAUGAGGAUGAUUACAUCAUUGGGUUAACUAGGAAAAUGGUUCAUUCUACUCUGCAGGAGGCUGGUUUAGGCUAUGAAAACGGCAAGGGUUUGAGUUUGUCUGGUUCGCCACAAUCGACGUUGUGUGGUGUGCUCGGAGCUGGGUGUGGUUGUAAGCAGGGGUCGAGCCGUGGAAGUCCAACUUGUCCAUCUCAGGCUUCUUCUCCGCCGCCGAUGAACAGGCCGGAUGUGUCGUUGGAUCUGCUUUAUGCGGCUGCUGGUGAAGUGGCGAGGAUUAGAAUGAUGGAGGAGUCAGCCGGACUGUACCAUAACAAAGGUGGAAUAUGGUCUGCUCCUCCAAGGAAGACGAGUCCAGUACCUGUUGGCCCCAAAAACCCCAAACAGAGUCUUGGUCCAUUCAGCACAAAUCAACCACAGCUCUCUUAUCAGCAGUUGCAAGUAGCUCAAUUUCAGCGUUUGAAGCAACAGCAAAUGAUUAAGCAAGUUCAGGGUCAAGGUGUGUUGGGUAAUGGAAAAGGUGGAUUUAGGCAGUUCCCAUUGAACCAGAGUCACCAGCAAAUGACUGAAAACAGAGCUAGAAAUGGGACUUUGAAUUUGCCUAACUCUGCUUGGCCUACUCUGCAACAAUCUCAACAGCAGCAGCCCAACUCUAGCUCUGCCAUGCGUGCUGUUUUCCUUGGAAAUCCUGGCCCUAAACGGGAAUGUGCCGGAACUGGCGUCUUUUUGCCUAGAAGAGUUGGAACACAAACUGAAACCCGAAAGAAACCAGGUUGUCCAGUUAUCUUGCCAGACAGAGUGGUCCAGGCUCUGAAUUUGAACUUAGAAGCCAUGGAUGUGGCUUCAAGACCCCAACCCCAAGUUCAAACCAGAAGUCACAAUGAGAAUAUCGGGUUCACCCCAGCUCCAGAAUAUCGAAACUACAUGUCGGCGGCAGCUCAACAGAGAAGAAACCAGAGAACACAACCACCUCCGGCAAUGUCUCAAGAAUUUCAACUCCCUCAGGAAUGGACUUACUGAGAUAUAAUAAUAGUUUUUUACAUUUGAAGCAGAAAAAAGGGAUUUGUUUGUUUGUUUGUUUUUUGGGUAGUGAUGAUUUGCAGAAAAAUAUAUAGGGGUAUUAGAUAGAAGAAGAUGAAGUUGUUUUAGCAAGGUAAACAAAUGGGGUUCUUUUUUUUUUUUUGUGUUAGUAUAUUAGGGAAGAAGAAUAAGAUAAUGGAGAAGAAGAAGAAGGUUCAAGAUUCAAGAAAAAAAAGUAAUGGAGAUUUUUCUUAGGUUAAUAUUAGUAUGAAAAAAAAUAAGAUAUAGUUUUUAUAUUUCAAGUUUUAAAGGAGUUGAACUCAUGUUUUGGUUAGAAGAGUUACAACUCUUUUUUCAUCUUAUAUUUUAAUUAUAUUAUUAUCAAGUGUAAUAUUGUAUCUGUCCAUAGCAUAUUAUGGUCAGGUAUAAUUAAUUAAUCAAUAAUUCUAUACCAUUAUUUAUUGUAAGAAUUCAAAUUUUGAA